UCGUCUGCUAGCCAUUGUGACGCUGAAGGAAAAUGACUGGAGUUUUCCAGUUCUUUAUUGUCAAAGUUUUAACUUAAUGUAUGACCGUGCACGUUUGUGUGUGUUUUUAAACAGCAUUAGUGCUUUACAGUUCUUGAUAAGAGAUCUGACAAAACAUGGACGCAAAUAAUCCUUUGGCGGACACAUUUCGACGCAUGAGCGUCACGCUGGAUCAGAACAGCCAAGUUCUUUUGUCAAGUUUACAGACAAUAAAGGACAUAUCAACAGAUCCAACUGCAGGUUUUCAUGAUAUCGUAAAAGCAGAAAAGGUAACAGUGGAGGUGAAAUGUGCAUUCCUGAAGAUAGUUGACAUUGACACAAUUAGCCAAGAAUUUCAAGCAGAGAUAUUUCUUCAGGCAAAAUGGGAAGAACCAGCUUUUUCAAAUCCUCAAGGCAAAGCAAAUAAACUUCCCAAGUUCGACUCAAAGAUUCACUGGGAUCCCAAGCUGAUAAUCCUAAACUGUGAAGAUAUGUCUCUUGAUCGCAAGUCAUUCUCUGUCAGGCAUGAUAAAAACUACAGACAUCCAAUCGUGCUACUGCUGUGGAGAUUUAAAGGAACAUUUCGAGAGAAUAUGGAAUUACAACACUUUCCUUUUGAUGUGCAGGAUUUGACAAUUCAAGUUGGCACUGAACGACCUGUCGCCAAAAUCGAACUAAUAGAGGACCAACAUAUGCUGAGUACUGUCAACACACACACAUUCCUUGAUGCUCAAGAGUGGAAUAUUUACCACCAUGUAGAAUCAUUCCGUGACAAUACCACCAUGGAAUAUGCGAGUCUGUCUUCCCAUCCCAUCCUUCAUGUCCAGUCCAGGGUCAAGCGUAAGGUUGGCUUCUACAUUUGGAACAUAAUCGUCAUCAUGAUUCUGAUUGUCUCAUUGACUUUUACUGUGGUCUCCAUCGAACCCAACAAUGGUGAUCGUAUCAGCAUUUGCAUCACUCUGUUCCUGACAGCUGUGGCCUUCAAGCUAGUGGUCAAACAAAGCUUACCAACCAUAUCCUAUUUGACCUACUUGGACAUCUAUAUUCUGUCACUGUUGAUAUUCCUGUCCCUGCAAUCUACUGAGUGUGCCUUCAUGUGUGCUCUAGGAAGGAUGAUACCUAUCAAGGAACUGCGCAGCUGGGAUCGAUGGAGCGAGUCUUCUCUUGCCAUACUUCUCUUCCUCUUCCAUGUCCUUAUGGGGAUUUACAUCCAACACACUGCUCUGAAAAGACGAAGAAUCAUGAAAGACAAAGACAGACUGUAUGAUAAAAAGAAACAACACAUUGAGAAAUAUGGCAGAAUGAUGACAAAUGCUGGAUUCUCACCGAAAGAGCGAGUGAAAAGACAACCUUGAAGCCAGUGGACACUCACACAUUCUUACUGCAGCAAGUGAAACUAAAUCUGUAGCAAAUAAAUAAUCCCGGUAUACAAA